AUGAUGGCCCUACGACAGCGCGCGAGCCGUGUAGGAAGGCUCUUUUCCACUCCUCGAGCGUUUGUGGAAGCGAUCCGGAUCGAUCAAGACAAUGAGAAUGACGCGAACGCUGGAUUGUUCGGAAGCUGGUCAAACAAGGACUUGGACCCAUCUCCCCCGUCGCAGCGAGUCUGGACUUGGUGGUCAUUUUUCGUGUUCCAAUUCAGCAUUGCGUUCUCGCCGACAACAUACAAUGUUGGGGCAAGUCUUUUUGCUAUUGGCUUGAGCUGGUGGACUAUUCUUAUUUCGUCCAUCAUCGUCUCGUUCAUGAUCGCAGCACUGCUCUGGUUGAAUUCUAGAGGAGCUUCCCGGUACCAUGUGGGGUUUCCAACUUUUGUUCGCGUUUCAUCUGGCAUUUAUGGCUCCCUCAUCUUCGUUUUCUUCCGAGGAGCAGUCGCCAUCGUCUAUAUGAGCAUACAGACGCUGUACGCCAGCUACUUUGUGAACGUGAUGCUGCGCUGCGCUUUUGGCAACAAGUGGACCGAUCUUCCCAACCGUACGCGAGCUAUCCAAGUUAGCCCAGUUCUGCUACAGAAAGCUAAUCUUCCAGUUUCAGAUCUUCCGCCGGACGCGGGUGUUACCUCUGCCCAAUUGGCAUCUUUCGUUAUCAUCUGGCUUCUUCAGUUCCCAUUUGCUUUCGUGCACCCGACUAGGAUGACGAUAGUCUUCACAAUCAAGUCCGUUCUUGCACCGAUCGGCAUGUUUGCGACUAUGAUUUGGGCCUUGGUGAGAUAUCAAUUCGGCCCCCGCGAAUUUCUACCCGCUGCUGACGGUUAUGUACAGGUCAGUAGUCAUGGCGCUAAUUUCCACGGACUCGGUAACGCAAAUGCCUCCGGUGCUGCUCUGGGGUGGUCAUUCAUUAUAUCCAUCAACACGAUCGUCUCAAAUGUGAUUCCUCCGUUGGUCAAUAUCCCGGAUCUGGCAAGAUACACAAAGCGUCCUAGAGACACCUUGCCUCUGGCCGUUGGGAUUGUUGUGAGUAAACCGGUUGUUGUGUUCCUUGGCAUGAUCAUUACAGCUGCUGGCUAUAAGCAGUUUGGGAAGACAUAUUGGAACAUGUGGGACUUCUAUUCCAGUGUCCUGGAUAACUACUGGGGUCCAGGGACCAGAACGGUAGUGUUUUUGGCUGCAGGCAUUCAGGCAUUUGCGACAUUCGUCACCAAUCUCACCAGUAAUUCUAUUCCUGUCGGAUGCGAUCUGGCCGGCUUAUUCCCGCGCUACUUUACGAUUGUUCGUGGCCAGAUAGCCUGCUUCCUGCUCGCCUGGGCAUGUGUCCCAUGGAAACUGACUUAUUCUGCUUCGUCGUUCCUUACGUUCCUCGGGUCCUAUCUGUGCUUUGUCUGCCCAAUCGUAUCCGUCAUGAUUGUCGACUACUGGAUCUCUCGCCGUGGCAACAUCCACGUCCCUUCCCUCUAUAACCCACAACCCGGCUCUCCGUAUUUCUAUACCCACGGUUUCAACCCACGCGCAUUUGUAGCCUGGGCUGCGGGCGUAGCGCUAGUCAUUCCCGGGGUCUCGGGCGCUCUCAAGCCUGGAUCUAUCGGAAUUGCGGCUGUGCAUAUCUACGACAUGGGAUUCUUACUCUCUACGAUUUUCUCGGCGCUGGUGUACUAUGUAUGCUGCAAGAUUUGGCCAGUGCAGGUAUAUCCUCAGGAAGUUGGGCCGCAGGACGACAGUUGGGAGGCAAUGAAGUAUACAGAGGGCUUCUUUCCGCAAGAUGAGGUCGUGCCGGAGUAUCUGCGAGAGACACUGGUUGAGGGGCAGAUUGUGAAGUCUGGGAAAGAACCGUCUGAAUCAGGAGAGCUUUACCUAGAGAAGCAAUGA